AACAAUCCUGCAAACGCUACAAGUCCCAGAGGAUGGGCAUAUCAGGUCUCCUCCCCCUCCUGAAAGAGGUAUCCGUACAUGGCCAUAUCUCAGAGUUUAAGGGCAAAAAACUUGCUGUCGAUGGGUAUGUGUGGCUCCAUAAAGGCGCAUUCGGCUGUGCAGAGGAUCUUGUCAAAGGGAAGAAGAGCACAAAAUUUGUCGAGUAUGCAAUGUAUCGUGUUAGGUUCUUACGGCAUCAUGGGAUAGAACCGUUCUUGGUGUUCGAUGGAGGCCCGUUACCUGCAAAGAAGGGAACCGAAGUUUCGCGAGCCAAGACAAGAUUGGAGAAUUUGGAAAAAGCUAGAUCAUUAGAAGCGCAAGGUCGAAUGAAAGAGGCGAAGGAGGCAUAUACCCGAUGUGUGGACGUCACCCCAGAAAUGGCAUAUCAGCUUAUCAAAGCUUUGAGGGCGGAAAACGUCGAUUAUGUGGUGGCGCCUUAUGAAGCAGACGCGCAGUUAUGUUUCCUUGAGCGCGAGGGGUAUGUAGAUGGGAUUAUCACUGAAGACUCUGAUUUGCUCGUAUUUGGGUGUAAAAAGGUCAUAUUCAAACUUGAUAAGGACGGGCAAUGUGUUUGGAUUCAUCGUGAUCGGCUGGCGAUGGUGAGAGAGUUCCCGAUGCAUGGGUGGACGGAUGUGCAUUUCAGGCGAAUGGCAAUGCUUUCAGGGUGUGAUUAUCUCGAUUCGAUACCCGGUAUCGGUAUCAAAACCGCUCACCGUCUUAUGCGGCGUUUCAAUUCUGUUGAAAAGCUCCUCCAACACAUCCGCCUGGAAGGCACUUACCUCGUCCCACCAACAUAUCUCUCCGAUUUUGCCCAAGCCGAACUCGCUUUUCUCUACCAAAGGGUAUACGAUCCCUCUCUCGGCCGUCUCGUGCAUCUAAACCCCCUCCCACCUGCGAGCACUGGUUUCCAACUGGGGGACGAGGGGGAAAAGUGGGUGGGUGUCGAUGUGGAGGAAGGGCUUGCAAGGAGGAUGGCGAGGGGAGAUGUUCAUCCCGAGACGGGGAUGGGGAUCGUGGAUGCGUGGCCAGAGUUUGCGAGUGGGGCUGAAGGAGCUGGGGGAGCGGAGGAAAAGUGGGGGAGUGGUAGCGGUGUCGGUAAUCUGGGAGAGAAGCGACAAGCAAAAGCUGAAGGGGUGCAUGUGCAAGGACCGAUGGACGCGUUUAUUACAAGGUACAAGAAACCGAAACAUCGCCAUCCUAAGCACGACUGUCCUGAUUAUCUCGACCAUUCCAACCGUGAGCAACAACAAAUCAAGUCAAAGCUUGCCCCAAUCCAUCAGCCGGUGGGUACGUACACCUCUGGCGCUUCGCGGCUAUCCGAUCAACUUGCUCUGCGACCUUUAGCUGAGAAUGUUAUGGGAGAUGGUGAGAGAGGAUGUACGGCAGAAAAGGUGGAGGUGAUGAGCAAGUUUUUUGGGGGAAGGGGCAAGAGGCAGCAGGUUCGGAAAAGGCAAAAGGAAGAAGUGGAUGGGGAUGGGAGUGAAGAGAAGAUUGAACUCAAAUGGGAAGAGGAAGAAGAAGAAGGGGGAGGGCGCAUACAUUCGCUAUCGCAUUCUCUGACGUCUACCUCAACACCGACACGUAUCCAGCAAGGACGACGGUCACCAUCCCCGGCCAUAUCAUCCCUCAUCUCUAGCUCACCUCCGGCCCCACCUCGAAUUGCAAGCCAGUCUUGCCUUUCCUCCCAAAGCUGUUCUCCUUGUCCCUCACCUUCUCUUUCCCCGGUCAUCUCUCCUUCCUUUUCUUCCUGCUCACGACAAAGGUUUAUAUCGCAGACGCAAUAUAUCACGAGCCCCCCAGCGGCAGAGUGCUCGUCCCCGCCUGUACUUGAUUUCCCAUUUUCCUCGCUUGCCGAAGGGGAACAAGUAAAGCAAGAGGUAAACGUGGGGCGGCCGUGGAAGAAGGAGACGGAAACGGAAACGUUUGAGCCGGGCUCAUCUUUUGGGACUCUUGUACCGCCCACUUCAUCCCCUACUGCCCCUCUUCCGCUUUCGCUUUCGCUUUCGUCUACGCUUCCCCCAACCCAUCGCCUAUCAAAUCAGAGGUACGAAGCCGCUGGACAUUCUUUGGCUGGUAGUUCUCUCCUCGCGCAUAAUGAAUUCGGUCUACGGCCUCGUUCAUCUGCCCCGCCUUGCGCCCAGUCUCAAUCGCUACUCCACAGUGUGAACGCGGUGAAAGGUAGUCAACCAGACUUUGAAGAUGGCAACAAGCACGACAGGGGAUCCUCUCCAGAUAUGGGUGGGGCGGAUGAUGACAAUGGACAAGGGCAGAUCAAGGAUGCGGAUAAGAGCGAGGAGAGCGAGAAGGAAGAGGAGAGGAAGGAGAAGGCCAAGAUUGUUGGAGGUUCCUGGCGCGCAAAGUGGGCCUUUGGUGGUGGUCUUGAGAUGAAUGGUACCCCCAAGAUGGGUGCUGGGGCCAGGGGGGUACGAUCGCAGACGCCAAAGACGGUGCCGGUCCAGAAGGUAGGCGCAGGGGGCAUGCGAGCCGUGAGUUCGACUUUGAGUUUGGUGAAAAGACGGGAGGCUAUGAGUGUAGGGGGGAGUUCGAGGGUGUUGAAGAAUCGGCCGGUGAAUGUCGUUUUCCCCAGGGGAGAGGAAAGCGAAGCGGCGAGGUUUGGAUUGGCAACACCGACUCGUGCACCGUCAGUGGCGUCCGUAUCAGCAUCAAGGAAGGUAGAGACGGGAUCGAUGGCGGUAGAGGGGAAUGGGAUGGAGAUGAAGAUGAAGGUGGCGGUCAAGCAGUUUGGAUUUGGAAGGGGCGGAAGGGAAGGACAUGAGGAUGAUAAGGGCGGGGCUGGAGAAGAAGAGCAAGUAGAGGAGGAAGGUGAAGGAGAGGAAAUAGGGUCGUUCACUCCUUCGCCGGAACGAAAGCCGUUAUUUCCCCGUUUCUCUGUUGGCGGCGGUGCGCCUCCUCGUUCAUUAUCGCCUCGAAAUUCGCCAAACGAUAUUCCUACCGCUGUCAGCCAUCCAUCCAUCUCCCGCUCUCGUCUCAAAUCGAAUUAUAAUACCAUCUCCAGCAUCGCCUUGAAAGAUACUCCUCAAGGGGAGCAGAAGCAAAGGCAAAGGCAGGCGAAGCAGCAGCAGGCAAGACCGGGACUCUGCUUUGUGCGGCGCGAUCAAGAUGGCAGUGAUGAUGUGGACGAGAAUACAUGUCGGCGAAUGAGCCAGUCGGGUAGGGAGAAGACCCCUGUAUCAGGGACGACGUUGGGGAGGUUGGAAAGGUACAGGUUUGAAAAGGUGACCGUUCGAAAGUGACCUGUCGAUAGGAGCGUACUAGUUUCUUGUUGUUAUCGAAAUACGAUGUGUAUACAUAGGUGCAUAUCCAACACGAUCUUGUAGGCGA